AUGGAGGACCUCCCUCUUUCAGAGCGUCUUUCACGCUGGAAUUAUCGGCCUCGCUUCUUGUCUAAGACUGACGCCUAUCCUCGCCUUCUGUCAAGAGAAUGGAGGCUCAUAAACCCUUUAUUUCAGGCUGAAAUGUAUCGGCUGUCUGCGAAGAGUCACGCCUGGGUGCCUUAUAGUUGGCUUCCCCACGUGGGUCAGUUCACCAACAUGGUCUUUCUUGCGGCCGUUGGUCUCUGCCCUUACUUGCAUAGAGAUUCUUCCAUGAGACGUCUGUCCCUAGAAGACAAGGGUUGGGUGGACGUGCCUACCUGGUUGUCCCAGGUGUAUACUGAUGACGUCUUCAAGGCCGUGGAGGCCAAGAAGAAAGAAUCUUCAAAGAAGUCUGAUGAGGGGGCUUCUGGUGACGCUUCUAAGGAGCUCACCUCGUCGGCUACGAAGAAGCGUCCUGCCUCUUCAGCGGUGGCCCCUAAGCCCAAGCGACCCUUCUUUAAGAAGCCGGGCAGUGCUGAUGCUGCGGCGAAGCCGCCGGUGAUGAAGCCGUCAACCCCUCUGGCUGGGGGAGAGAAAGCCCCUGUUCCUCAAUGGACCGAUCUUCCUCCUGAACCAAAGGAGGCGUCUCCAAAGGCGGCCAACGAUGGUUGUUCCGCAGCCAAAGCGACCGCUACUGGGACGGGCGCUGGUAAGGUUGAUGCGCCUGGCGCCGCUGCAGAUGUUGGCCAGGCUAUUGCUUCCUCGUCGAGAGAGAGGAAGGGCAAGGAGUCCAAAGACCCUCCUCCUGCUGGGGAUGUGUCAAUGCCUCCGCCGGCUCCGUCGACUGGUGAUAUGUUCAAACGGAUGAGGCGGGCCGAGGUGGCGAAUAUUCCCCCAUCUGGUGGGUUUAGCUCAGAGGAAAAGGACAAGAUCCUUUCGGCCGUCUACGAUGCUAUUUAUGAGGAGUAUGUGAACUCUCUUCCUGGAAUUGACCUGGGGUACUUUGGGGCCAUGCAGUCCCUCAUACUUGACCUCUUUAUCCGUUGUGCCGAGGGUAGGCAUUACCGCUUUGACAUGCACCAAGAGAUGUUGAAGCACAAAGACCAGAUUGAGAAUCAUGAGAAGUAUGCUGAGAAAAAUUAUAGGGAGAUCAAUGAGGACGCGGAUGUCCAGAUCAGGUCGGAGACGGCUGCCCUGAGGAAGGCUGAGGAGGAUGCCCAUAAUUAUGAAAGGACGCUGCUGGAGCAUGAGGAGAAGUUGACUGCACUAAGGACGGGGUAUUCUGCCGUCUCGGAGUGAGUCACCAACUUUUCUACCAAGGUGGACGCCUUGGAGAAGAAGCUCAAGGCCACUCAGGACAAGAUUGAAACCGUGCGGGGGCAAGCCGCUAGUUUUUUCAAGCUUGGGGAGGAGUCCAUUCUGGAGAAUGCUCGGCGGGCUUGGGAUCAGUCAAUGGAUGGGAAGGACUUUUCCUGGUUUAGACGUCGGAUUUCGUACCAGAUGGCCGUCUCGGCUGCUCGACGCCUUGGUCUUGAUCCUCCCGAGUUUUUUAGUGAGGGGGAGGAUGAGGACGCAGAAGAAGAGGAGGUGAAUUCUUCCGAAGAUCAGAACGUCCAGGACGGAAGCUCGACGGCCCCUCAUCCGUAGACUGUUCUUAUUUUAAUGAUAGUUUCUGUAGCGCCGUAGGCGCUUGUAAUAACAUUGAUGCCCUUGGGCAUUUAUUCUUAUUUGGGUUUGUUGCGCCUUGUGCGCAUGUAUGAAUAUUUUCUGCCUCCUGUGCACUUGUG